ACCAUUUCCCUUCCACUCACAGGCAGAAAAUCACCUCGUUCCUCUGGCAUGAGCUGAUUCUGUGCAGACAAACCCAGGGACACAGGUGAGGUUUGUGCUGCAGGCACAGCAGAUUUCUGAGCUUGCCCUUAGACUCUGCACAACCAGGUACAUCCAGAUUUUUCCACAUCUGCUUCCUAGUUUUCUUCCUCCCCAUACUUUUCGUGUUCCCAGAGAAAUCAAGAGGAAAACCUGCUUCAAACUGUAGUUACCUGGAGAAAUGAGAGGGACUAGGAGGUUGUUUCAGUGAGCUGGAGGGUUUGGGUGGUUGUAGACGUGGCACGAGCAGGCAGCAGAACACAACACCCAGAGGAGAAGUGGGGAAGGAAAGAAAACCCGACACACACUCUCUGAAAGAAUGUGACAGAGAGCAAGGAAACAGAGGAAGGAUUCACACUGCUGGAUUCCCAGCCCAGGGGAAUAAACCAGAAUGGUUCAACGAACCCAGCUGAAACCAGAAGUGCCGUGAGAGGAGAGGGAAGCAGGAGCUGUCCACAGCUGCAGCCGCUGCCCUGAGAGCCGCGGGGAUGGGAAGCCCCAGAGCAUCCGUGGGGAGAGCAUCUGAAGAAGUGCAGAAGGAAGCAGAAGGCUCUGUGUGAGCCCCCAGCUCCAGGUACCACCAUGGACACGUGCAGGGUACCUGCAAACACCUCCAAGUGCAGUGGGAACACCAUGGAGUGCUUCAUGGUGCUCAGCACACAGGCACAGAAGAUCAGCAUUGGCAUCCUGUGUGGCCUCUUUGGGACAAUGUGUGUUUUUGAGAACUCCUUGGUGCUUUACCUGAUUUUCUCAUCCCCUGGGAUCAGGAAGAAACCUUCCUACCUCUUCAUCGGCAGCCUGGCCCUGGCUGACAUCCUGGCCAGCAUCACCUUUGUCUGCAGCUUUGUGAACUUCCACGUGUUCAACGACACAGAUGUGUCCAAGGAGGUGUUCCUGCUGCAGCUGGGAGGGGUGAACACAUCCUUCUCUGCCUCCCUCAGCAGCCUGCUGCUCACAGCCCUGGACCGCUACAUCUCCAUCAGCCGACCCUCGGAGUACAAACUCCUGAUGACCAGGAAAAGAGCCUGGACAGCCCUGGCCGUGCUCUGGGUGACCUGUGCCACCAUUGCUUGCCUGCCCCUGCUGGGCUGGAACUGCUGUGUGCUGGAUUCUGCCUGCUCUGAGCUGUUUCCCUUUGUGGAUGACAAUUACCAGUCGGGCUGGGUGUGCUUUGUCAUGGUCCUGCUGGGCUGCAUCGUCUACGCCUACGCCCACGUGCUCUGGAGGGCUCGCCAGCACGUGGCCUACAUGGAGAAGCACCAGGCACAGGUAGGGAAGCAAAACACCAGGAUGAGGAUGGAUGUGAUGCUGGCCAAGACCCUGGUGAUGGUGCUGGCUGUCCUCAUGCUCUGCUGGUCCCCCGUGCUCGUGCUCAUGAUCUACAGCAUCUUCGGCAGGCUGAGCGACCGCCUGCGCAAGGUGUUUGCUUUCUGCAGCACCCUCUGCCUGCUCAACUCCAUGGUCAACCCCAUCAUUUAUGCCCUGAGGAGCAAGGAGCUGUCCUCCUCCCUGAGAAGGGUGUUCUCCCACUUCAGGAAGCAGCUGAAGGUCACUGAGGAGAGCCCAGAAGCAGAGAGCACCCACAAGUCCUCCGUGAUUGAGACCGUCUGCGAGGACACACACGCAAUGUAGGGAGGAAAUGCACACCCUCAGGCUGCAAGGAACAGUCUGGAUCACUUUUCUCUCCUGAAGGGAGUUGAGGGAUCAGCUACAACUCCUGCUGAUGCCACCCAUCAAUGCUGGGACAUUGCACAGACUUUGCUCUCAGGCACAGGUUGGGAUUGUUGGGGUGCAGGG